AUGUCUUACAACCAAGGCUACGGCGGCGGCGGCGGCGGCUACCCUGGCGGCAACUAUCCCGGCCAGCACAGUGGUUAUCCCGGCCAGCAUAGUGGCUAUCCUGGACAACACGGAGGAGGAUAUGGCGGCGGCGGUGGCUACGGUCAACCUCCACAGGGACCUCCUCCGGGUCAAUGGCAGCAGCAGGGAGGAUACGGCGGUGGGCCUCCCGGACCGCCUCCGUCGCACUACGGUCAAGGUCAAUACUCUCAACCCCCUCAGCAGCACGGCUACGGUCAUCACCAGCCGCCCAACUACCCGCCCCCGCAGAAUCUCGACUCUUACGGCUACCCGAACCAGUCUCAAGGGUACAACUCGGGCGGAUACGGUGGCGGCAAUCAAGGUCGCUCGAAUGCGCCCCCUCCCCCUCACAAUGCCCAACAGUUCGGCCAUGGCGCCCCCUCCGAAUACACCUUCCAGUACUCGCAUUGUACUGGUAAGCGCAAGGCCCUGCUGAUUGGUAUCAACUACUUUGGACAGGAUGGCGAGCUACGUGGAUGUAUCAACGAUACCAAGAAUGUCUCUGCUUUCCUUAUGGAGCGCUACAACUACAAACGCGAGGAUAUGAUCAUCCUCACUGAUGAUGCGCAGGAUCAGGUCCUGCAACCGACUGCUGCCAACAUUCGUCGGGCGAUGCAGUGGCUUGUCGCUGGUGCCCGUCCGGACGAUGCUCUGUUCUUGCAUUACAGUGGUCACGGAGGUCAGACUGCUGAUCUUGACGGAGACGAGGAGGAUGGAACCGAUGAGGUCAUCUACCCGGUCGACUAUAAGAGUGCCGGCCAUAUCGUGGAUGAUGAGUUACACGCUCUCGUGGUCAAGCCUCUCGCCGCCGGUGUACGAUUGACAGCCAUCUUUGACUCAUGCCAUUCGGGUUCCGUUCUUGAUCUGCCGUACAUGUACAGCACCAAGGGUGUGCUAAAGGAGCCCAAUCUGGCUGCCGAAGCUGGACAGGGACUGCUUUCUGCCAUUGGCUCGUAUGCUCGCGGAGAUAUGGGUGGCGUCGCAAGCUCCCUUCUCGGAUUUGCCAAGAAGGCGUACAAGGGCGACGAUGCUUAUAACAAGACCAAGGACACACGUACUUCGCCAGCUGACGUCAUCAUGUGGUCUGGAUCAAAGGAUGACCAAACAUCUGCAGAUGCGACUAUUGCUCAGCAGGCUACUGGCGCCAUGAGCUGGGCAUUUAUUACAGCCUUGAAGCAGAACCCCCAGCAAAGCUAUGUCCAGCUUCUGAACAGCAUUCGUGACGUAUUAGAGACCAAGUACACACAAAAGCCGCAGUUGAGCUGCAGUCAUCCUCUUGAUACCAACAUCCUGUUCGUCUUAUAA